CAAAACUGAUUUUCGAUUUUCGAUUCCAAGAGGUGACAGGGAAUUAGGAACAGAUCUGUCCAUGGUGCUGAAACUGUGAGCGCCACUGACUGGGGCUAGAGGGCACUGUAACAGCUUGUUUGUUUUUAUAAUGCACAACAAGCAUAUGCGUGGAUCUAUCCAUAUAUCUGUCCAUCUAUCGGUCCAUCCGUACAUCUACACAUCGAUCCAUCCAUCUCUCCAUCUAUCUAUACAUCGUAAAUAUAUAUAGCACGCCAGAAAUAUUUAUUAGAUAACGCAAUGCAGAAUAUGUAUUACAUUACCACGGUCAUUUGGGUUUGAGAACUAAAAUCUAGCCGUUUAAAAUAUAGAUAAUACAUUAAAAGCUACAUACAGUAUAUUAGGCAGGCGUGCAUCUUUUUCAGUUCUCCGGACUGCCACACGGAGGCGACAGAGUGCCAUAAUUUAGCUACACUGGAGACGCUGGUUGGGGGUUUCUGCUUUAUGCGAGUUGCACCCGGGACUGAGAGGACGUAUUCAACCGUGUGCUGUGAUUUUAGUCGGAUAAUCCUCACGUAUUGCCACUUAACUUGGCAAAGGAAAUCGUAACGAGCGGGGCUAAGAUUUAUUUAACUUGAAAGGAGCGUCAAGACAUUUGCUGCUGCGUCUCCGCGCGCUGUAACGGAGGAAAUUUAAAGCCCGUAAUGUUCAAUCCGCACAUCCACCAUCACCAGCAGCAGCAGCAGCAACAGCAGCAGCAACAGUUUCACCAGCACCUGCGGCAGCUACAACAACUUUUCCAGCAGCAGCCUCCGCCUCCGCCUCCCCAGCCGCCUCCGGGGCACCAUGUCGGCCAUCAUCACCACCAGGCACAACGAUCUAUUCCUGUUGGUUCCCAGGGAGCUCCUCCCCCCAGGAUGGUCAACCUGUGCCAGGCAACCCAGACUACCCUUAUUGCCCCCAAUCCCAUGCUGCAGGGGGCCCUCCUGAUGCAACAGAUGCAGGGUAACAUGCGGGGCUUCAGGAUGGGUGGACAGCAGUUCCACCAGUUCUUCACUGCUGGGUCCAGGUCCUCUCUGCUCGGGCCAGUUCCCAUGGGGAUGGCCAUCAAGUCCCCCAUGAUGGGAUACCCAGCCGGUCGGCAGUUCCACCCGCAUGCUCGCUACUACAACAACACCGCAGCGGCCUCUUCCAUCACUGCUGCAGACACCGCAGCUCGCCAGCCCGACAGGAAAAGGGACAGCGACCACAUGGCUUCAGGGAGCACAGACGACCAACCAGCAGCCGGCAGCACCAGUGAAGCUUGUGACAAGACCAACACAGAUGGUGCUGUGGGAGGAGUGGAUGAACCCACACAGCCCUCUGAGGAACAGCUUGAAGAACCUGAAGUGAAGAGGCAGAGGACAGAUGGGUCAGAGGAACCCAAAGACCAAUGUGUUGUUGAGUCUCUCCCCAUUGCAGAUACAGAUGGGGAAGUUCUGUCUUUUGAGUCCAACGACCCAGAGGACGGCCAGCCUGACGACUCCCUCAUUCUGGAAGAAGGAGGCUCCACGCGGGGAUCGGAUGUGGUUGAGGCGCGGGAGAAGUGCGGAGUUGCUGAGGCGAGCAGCUGCUUGUCGGCACCGUCCCCGUCUGGCAAGCUGGGUGAAGAUGACCAGCAGGUUGAUCUACUCCCGGAGGAGAUGCCACACGGUAAAGCUGCCCCUCCGGCCUCACCCGAGAACCAGGAGUACGAAGAGGAGGGCGUGGUGGAGGGCAACAAGUUUUACUGCUAUCUCUGUAGCAUUACCUGCUACAACCAGCAAAAUUUUAGGAGUCAUAUGAACAGUGUUUCCCACCAGCAGAGGAUGAUGGAGAUCCAACAUAUGAGCAACGCUUGUCUGGUCACCCUGCUUCCCAGAGUGCAGGAGUCUCUACAGGAAGCAAACAAAGACGGAGAUAAGAGAGAAGACUCAAAGCACUGGUGUCCAACCUGUCACACCCACUUCACCUGUAGCAUCAUGGACCACCAUCACACCGAGGAGCACAAAAUCUCCAGCAGAACAGCCAUCUCCUCCUGCACGGUCUGCAAGAAACACUUCAGGACCUCCCAGAUCUUUGCGGAGCACUUGCAGUCCCAGGAGCACAGGCACAAUGUGGAGAAGCUCGGGGAACAGGACGACUGCGAGGCUUUAGGCAAGCUGAGCGCCCCGGACACAGAGGGCUUCACAUUGCAGGAGUCAGAGUUCAGUGAGAUGAAGGAGGAACGACCAAAUGAACAGGAUGACUGGUCCCGCGACAUGGAAGUGACUUCAAAUGACAUUGCCAGCGAUGAGGAGUACGACUCCAACACAGUCUACGGGUCCGGUUUUUUUGUACCAGUCGCAGGUUUUAUCUGCAGACUCUGCAACAAGUUUUAUCACUUUGAAUCUUCUGCCCUACACGGCCACUGCAAAACAAUGAAUCACUUUGAGAACCUCAAGAAGUACAGCGAGUUGCGAAGUCAAAAGGGUGCAGCUGUUGAAUCUUCCAGAGAGUCUCCGCUAGCUGCAGACUGCCUCAGGCCUCCAACGGGAACCACCGCUGACUGUUUGGCUGAAAACUCCCACUCUCAUGGCACUGGUUUAGGGACGGACCUGAACUCCAUGAAUCCCAUCGUUGCACUCAGCCCAUUGAACAUGAAGACAGAAAGCCAGCAACAGGGGGAACCGGCUGAACCCGAGCAAAACUCCCAGGCCGCGACCGGCACGGGCAGCACGGACCAGGAGAUCUGCCUCCACACGGAGGAGGAAGAGCGCACGUCCCGGGCCUCCGUGGCUCCGGAGAGUCCAGCUGAGCCGUCCGCCGGUAGCACAGAAGAGGCGGAGUCAGCGCCAGCAGCCGCUGCGGAGGAGGAAAAGGAGAAGGAAGCUGUCCCCGCAAAAAAGAAGGCAAAAACAACAUCCAAACGCAGGUCAGGGAGGGCCGCAAACAGACGCUGAGUCAAAGAUGUGAAAAGAAGAGGAGACCUCUAGGACCAGAUGGGUCAGUAUUUGAAGAGGCGCUUUCGUCAAACCGAGACAAAGAAGUGAACAGUCCUGCCUCUCUCCAUGUUGGUUAAGCACACAACAGGAAUAGGAGGAGUGAUGGUACACAGUGUAAACAUGACUUCUUAUUUGAUGAUCUCCCAGGGUGGGAAAUGAACACCUGGCGGCUAUCGCAUACAUGUUAAAUCCGUCAUGGGUGGGAUAGUAUGUUAAUAUUGGCUCCCAUCAGGUCAUUGUUGCUCUUGAGUGAAUCAACUCCUGCCUCCACUUGAGAUUAAUGAUCAAAAUUAGAUCAUUUUAACGUAAGCACAUUUAGCUCUAAACAAAACCUUUUCCUUUCAACUACCUUAAUGAGAAAAUACACAAAUCGCAGAUAAAAAUAACUUUUUGAGCAUAAAGGCGUUCUUAGCGCCUCCAAGUAAAAACUACUGGAUGAAUUGCCUAGUGACUUGGCACACACACACACACACACUCAUGUGCUCAGAGCCACCGGCAUGGCUCUAGACUUGUUGGUAUUGUAUUUGAAUAAUACUCUGCUCAAGUAGAAUGGGAUUGGGACACUGAUGUCAAAGUUAUAGAAGCUAAAUGCAGAUUUAAUUUAUACAUUAUUUAAUAAGUAGUGAGGCGUGAGUUUUCUAAAAAUGCAAGGCAACGGAUAUAUGAGGAAUCAAUUUCAUUUAUUGAGUUACCUCGACCAUAUUUACAAAUCAGGUUAUGUUUAUUUUUGUUUUUUAACUCCAUUAUGCUAAUGCCCCUUAAAAUUGCUGGAAUUGCGUUUGUUCCUUAAAUGAACGGCAUCCAGGCUUUUUAAAGGAAGCUGGGUUUAAGAAAAGAAAAGCUGGGCGGAUCUACUGUUUACCGGUCUGUGAAGCUUUCAUACCGAAGUGAAUUUCCCACCCUGGUAUCCUCCAGCAUCAGAGUGUUGAUAGUCAGAUUUGCUAGUUGUCUAGCGAGCUAGAUGAAUAAUGAAUACAACCUUCAAGCGGAGACAUUUUCAACGUCGCUUACAACUUGCUUACAAUGCUUUUAGUGAGCUGACGUAGAAUGUAACCGAUUUGAAGGAUUAGAGCGAGUGGUUUAAGGAGUGUUGGAAUGGAUGAAAGUGAACUUAGGUUCAAGGCAUCAUGUCGUAAAAAAGAUUUCACAUCUGCGUUUAAAAAAAAAAAAGGAAAACCUUGCAUUCAUGGACAAAACUGCAUCGUGUGCAUUUUGCUUAUUUUCACUAUUUUAGAGCUUGUUAGACUGAAACGGUUCAUUUCAUUUCCAUUGAAUGAGAAUGCAGUUAGUAGUAGGGGCUUGUUUUUUUCAGUUAAUCAUUGCAUUGCUUUUGUUUUCCUAAUGUUUUGUUGGCUUUGUACACUGGAUAGAUGGAAUCCCAGUGGACGUCAUGAGAGAAUGAGAAACAGUGCUGUGUCUGGAACUCUUCCUCCUGGGCAAACCUUAAAUUUCAAAUUUUGACUAGCAGUCCCAUUGGGUGAUUAUCCCUGUUACAGAUUAUACAAAUGUAUAUCUAUAGUCCAUGCAUUUUAUCAGACAAGGAUCCAAGACUAUUGUGCUUUGCUGGACACAUUGGAGGAUGUUUUAAACUACAAUCGGUGGUUGUAUGAUGCAUGUAGAAGCUCUUGUAGUCAUAGUGGUGACUGUCACAUGGUUAGUACUGCAUCGUGUUCUAUGAAACUGUGCUUUCAGAACAGAAGAGAGAGAAAAACAAGGACAAGUAAAGGAUCAUUUGAAACUCAGCUGUAAGUUUGUUAUUGUAUUUUUAUUCAGCUAAUAACUAAAUUGAGAUGAACAAACUGGUGUUUUCUAACUGCUGAAAGUUGUAUGUAUUUUGGGAUUUUUGUUUUCUGUUUGGAGGGUAUCAUUUUAAUUUAUAUUAAAAUGUCUGACAAUUCC